AACGAGCAGGCCGGAAGCUCGUUAUUCAACCUGCCUCGGGAGCUGCGUGAUAUCGUUUGGGCGUAUGCUACUGCGCCUUAUGAAGACCCUCAAGCCAAGUUCGAGGAGAGUGCGUACUACUGCCGUCCUGGCCAUAUUGCACGAUUAAAGUCAGACGUCGCAUUACUACUUACCUGUCGCCGAAUAUGGCUGGAAGCGAACGCAAUGCCAAUGCUCCAAGCGGAGCACCUUUACUACUUCUACCGUCCGGCGCCUGACGAGAGGACAAAGUGGUGGAUGGCUCAACUCUCCGACCACAAUCGGGCGAACUUCGGGCACCUGCACAUGUAUGCGCAGAUGUGCAAUAUUGAGAGACUUACUGCCACUCCCGGAGCUUUGCGAGAGUUCUUCCUGUCUAAGCGACUGCAAGCCGGCGACUUCCAGCCGAGGGUGUUCCACGUUACUAUCCGCCACACGGACUGGUGGUACUGGGAGCGCGAAGCACCUCUACGUCUGGCAGACCGGUGGGUGGUUGCAUUACUCAACACUCCGGACCUUCGCAGCACCAAGGUGUUGAAGCUCGAACUGGAAACCCUCGAUUACAAAGUCGACCAGCUGAAGCCGAUCGUUGAGCGGCUGAGAGAUCUAAACAGCGAGGAGAAGGAGACGCACAUCAUCAACGGCAAGCCGCAAAGGACCAAGUUCGUACUGCACGAGAAACUCGAGACGUUCAACUGGGAAGGGCCCGCGAACAUCGACGGCAAGAAGCACGCCCCCUAUGCAGACAAGUCCCGACUACGCUACCACGUCGUGACCCUAACCUGGCAUCUA